AGGCUGAGGCUGAUAACACUAACCGUAACUUAUUAUUCGGGCCGAACACGUUCACCUUGUUUACAACCUGUAGUUAGCCGCUUGAACACAAGUUUUUCCUCACAUAUACUUCCAGUGACGGUGAAAGGUGUUUUUUCGAUAUUUUCACCCACCCACCACAUGGUUUUCCCCUCUGUUACGUAGUGCGUUGAUUUUUUUCGCUCCGCUUUACCGUAUCAAGAGUUUAAUGAUGUUGAAGUUACCGAUUUGUAACCAUUAGUUAUGGUUUGCCAUUAAAUGGUUGAAGGCACAAGUGUUGCUGGCGCAACCCUUCAGUCCCACCAGGGCGCUUGGUCCCACACUGAUGGGAUGCCGGAAUCGUUUAGCUAGAGCUUUGGGUGACAUUAUAGCCACGACCACUUCCCCUUGCUGAUCUACCCUCUAGGAGCUUGGCAUAGGGACACGCUGCUGGCAGCAGCUGUUUCUUCGGGACACCCAUCGCACGGUCUUCCAGGCCAUGCCACUCGCUGACACUAACCUAGCCCCGUCGACUGGCCUUGCAUGUGGCAGGCAGCCCCAACCUUUUCUCCUACACGUUUGUUAAAACGGCAAACCAGUCCCCCAAGGAUAAUGACCGUUGAAGCCUGGAACCAGGCUGCUUGUUUCCCAGAAAAAAUUGGGUGACUACGAAGGAAUGCGAAGCACUUUAGCUGUGGUUACUAUCUGUAGAAGGUUUGCGAUAUUGGUGGCCAAAAUAUUCUCUUUAGCUUGUUGUUUGAUGAUCACAUCUAACGCUGCCAGGCAGCCCUGAAGCUGGCUUCAAAGUGUAAUUUACCUCUCAUAUAUAGCCUAGCUAUGACAACAAUAAUCAUUGGAACUAAUCUGUAAUCUCAAGAUGAUGGUCUCUGAUGAGGAGAAGAGAUGGCUUGUUGUCGGGAUUGCCAUGAACAAAGUAGUAGUUCCAGUAUUGAGAGAUUUUAUCAAACAAGGAAUGGACACUUGCUAUACAAACCUGGACAUCUACUGCAAUGGUCUGACACCACCCGGUGCCCUGAGGACACUGACUUUCCAUCAGGUCAGUACUGAUCCAUGUUUUAAACACUUGAAAUUCCAGAAUGUCAACAAUAAUCUUCAGCUGCAUGGCAAGCAUAAAAGACUCUACAAUUACAACGUCAACAGUUCAGUAGACUUGGCCAAGUUGUUUGUGCCAGAUUAUCUUGCUGAGUUUUCAGGCUUUGAUGAGUCACUGGACAUGAGUGCCAUCCUUCGCCUGUUGGGAUUUAACAAGCCUGCACCGAUUUUCUACUCCCCAAACCCACUGAUGUCUAUUCAGAAUUCAGCUGAUGAUGUCAGAGAAAAUGUCAGGAACAAAUGGGGUCAUUGUAAUGUUACUGACUGGACUGAAGUCCUCUUCAAUGAUUGUUUUUCCAAGCUGGAGACCUUGGUGAGAAGUCUGGGACUGACUGGUGGUAUCGAGAAGACCAGUUUAGAUCUGCUGUCAGAUUGGCUAACUAAAGGUUGUCAGCUGUGUAUGGGUCAUGCUGUGGAUCAAAAUCUUCUUUCCCUUGUGCAACAAGAUGUCAAAGAACUCAUUAAGAGCUACAAGAAAACUGAAGCAGAACAAUCAGCCAUUCAAGAAUCACUGGCUCAGCAAAGAAAAGAGCAAGCUCAAAUACAAAACACUGUGACUUCCAUCCAAGGUGAGCAAUCGUCAACAAGAGUUCAAUUGCGGAAACAAAGUGAGCUGUUGAAAGCAAUGCUAGAGUGGAAAGAACAACAGAUGAAAGAGAAGCAAGAAAUAAUGGAAAAGCUUGUGUCCCUGGAGAAAACGCUCAGUGACGAAUUAUUGAUUCGAGUUGACAGAUUGGAAAAGGGACUAGCUAAAGCAGAUGGCAAAGUUGAACAACUGGAGGAGGGAUUUGCCAGGACCGAUGACAAAUUUGAACAACUGGAGGAGGGAUUUGCCAGGACCGAUGACAGAGUGGAACAACUGCAGCAAGGGUUUGCCAAAGUAGAAAACGACGUUUUUGAGACAGGAAAGAAAAUCAAACAACUGGAAGAAGAAGUCACAAGUCAGAGAAUGGAGAACAAUCCAGGUUAGUUUUUGUAAUUUGUAAAUUCAGAGGAAAAGAACAGUGAUGAAUGGUAUCAGGGAACAACAAUCUGGGGGUAAUCAAUGAUUCUGAUCAGCCACUGAGUAUCGGUGAUUAUCAAUGCGUAAUUGAUGAUGUUAUCAGUAGGGUAACUUCUGCUGCCCUACUAAUCAAAUCGUACCACUUUUAACAUAAAUCAAAUCGUACCAAGUUUAACAUAAAGUUAACAUAAAACUAUCAUUUCUUUACAUAUGUUAAAAGAGGUUUGACAGCCAGUAAGGUGAGUUAAUUACUCGAUCAUGGUAAUGAAAACGUUGAAGUAAAUGUUUGGAAACUUAGAGAACGAUUGACGUGAGGUUGGGAAGUUGAAAUGUUUGAUAGUUCCCAUGGAGAAUUAAUAUUUAGUAUUUUUACACAUUUGCUUCCUGGUGUGGACAGGGUGUUUGUAUUGGGUUUAAGUGCCUCUUCUUAAACUGUUUGUGUAUAUGCACGCUACCUCUACAAGCAAGCCUCUCCC